ACAUCCGCUCUCGUUAGUACUCCUGUGCCACCCAGGUGACUCGCGCAUGUCACGAAACCUUCUUCAUCCUUACUUCAAUCAAAUCACAUCUCUCUACAUCCAUUUUUCCCGAGGAGCGGACCAACCUGAACUUUCGUUAUAAGACCUCCCUGCGCUUCGGGAGCAACCGUCAUCACAAUUAUGAUACAUGGACAAUCUAUUGCACAAUAUAUCUCGCGAUCUUAUCUUCUUUCACCCCGUAUGGGCCCACCUGACGCAUGUCGAGAUCAAGUUAGAUCAACAAAAUGCAUUCCUCCACUUGCUCCAGCUAGGUCCCAAUCUCUCCUCAUUGUCGAUUCACAUGCCCUACGGUUCCUCCCUAAUACAAGCCUUCAAGCUAGUCACGCACAACUCGCUUCAAUCCUUGCGCAUCACUCUCACUGAUAACCUACAGAUGAGAUACCAAAUGCCUCACCUGUUUAAUACUCUCUCGCUUCCCAAUUUACGUGUACUUGAAGCUUGCGGUUUUCACACAUGGCCUCAUGAGGAGUUGAAAACAUUCUUGGCACGGUCAAAUUGUCCCCUGGAGAGCCUGAUUUUCGGCGCUUCGGAAGGGAUGACGACAGAUCAGUGGCGAGCAGAAUACAUUCCCCUUAUUCCUUCCCUUCGAGUCGAAGUACUAGUAGGAGUGGAUUCCAUGCAUCAUGGUUGACUUAUAAGUAUACUUGCGGUACGAAUGGCUUCACGGACUUGUAUCAGCUAUCUUACUGCGCAGAUAUCUUUCACGACUGCGGGACCAUUCUCGAGCUCUAUGAUACUUCAAGCUCUCCUACUACCGUAGUACCGUGGGAGUAGCGGAUAUCGAUAAGUAAAUAAUCUCCUCCGGAGUCCGAGCGACCUCCGAGUCGAACCUGGUUCGUCGCGUUAGCAAACAAUAUGCAGGCAGCCAAAGC